GAGAAAGAGAAACAGAAUAGUAGCAGCGUCUGGGGUUGUCAUUGCUUCUUCCCUGAGAAGCCAAAAUAAUGAAAAAGCAAAGCGAGAGGAGUACCAUUACCAAAAAAGAUUCAGCAUUUGCUUCUCUUUCAAGCCAUCUAUUUACCUUUCUUCUCAUCUCUCGCUCCGGUUAAUCUUUUCUGUUUACGAAAAUUCUUUCUGUGUUAUCUUUGCCCAUGAUAUUUGUGUUUGAUGCUGAUAGUUCCGCCAUUAAAGCUUUCACGCCGUUUUCCACGAGAAACCGGUAGCUUCCUCUCACGGAAAAGCGUUCUCUACCCUCCAAAAAGCUCCAUUCGUUUCCUCUAUAAAAAUCCAUCAAACUCCCCCUCCUCUUUCACGAUACGCUUUUGACCUCCUCUUCUCUCGUUACUCUCUUUGACUGGAGCUUCAGUUUUCCCUCCAUGGCCAAUCAAAGGGUACCCUGGUGUGGCAUUGGCUUGUACAUUCUGCUUUUUGCGUGUUUGAUACGGAUACAAAGUCCUUCAUAUGUGCAUGCCAUUUUGGACCCCGUUGAUUUCUUGGCUCUGCAAUCCAUUCGAAAGGCUCUGCAAGACAUGCCGGGAUCCAAUUUCCUUUCUUCUUGGGAUUUCACUUCCGACCCAUGUAAUUUCGCCGGCGUUUACUGUGAUUCCGAUAAAGUCAUCGCUCUCAACCUCGGGGACCCCAGAGCCGGUGCUCCUGGCCUUACCGGCAAACUCGACCCAGCUAUCGGCAGGCUGUCUGCUCUCGCCGAGUUCACGGUAGUUCCGGGCAGGAUAUACGGCUCUCUGCCGCAGACAUUAUCUAACUUGAAGAGCCUCAGAUUCCUCGGCAUCAGCCGGAACUUCAUUUCAGGCGAUAUUCCGGGGACCCUGGGUCAGUUGCGCAAUCUCAAAACCCUCGACCUCAGCUACAAUCAGUUGACCGGAAGCAUUCCUCCGUCGAUCGGAGCAUUACCGGGGUUAAACAAUGUGAUCCUCUGCCACAACCGCCUCACCGGUUCUGUGCCUAGGUUUUCAUCGCAGACGCUGACCCGGAUGGACCUGAAGCACAAUGCUCUGUCCGGUUCGCUGGCUUCCGAUUCUCUCCCCGCCUCCCUCCAAUAUCUGUCGUUGUCAUGGAACCAGUUGAGUGGGCCAGUGGAUCGGCUGUUGAACCGGAUGGACCAACUGAACUAUCUGGAUCUCAGCCUGAACAAGUUCUCGGGCAUGAUUCCGGGUCGGAUAUUCUCGUUUCCGUUGAACAAUUUACAACUAGAAAGGAAUGAAUUUUGGGGUGCAGUCCAACCGGUUGAUCAGGUGAAAAUCCCAACCGUUGAUCUGAGCUACAACAGGUUGUCGGGCCAGGUGUCGCCCAUGUUCUCGACCGUGCAAAAUCUAUACCUCAACAACAACCGGUUCACGGGUCAGGUUCCGAGUAGCUUCGUGGAUCGGUUAUUGGAUGCGACCAUACAGAUACUCUACUUGCAGCACAAUUUUCUGAUGGGAAUCGCGAUCAGUCCGACGGCUGAGAUUCCUCUAAGCAGCUCCUUGUGUCUACAGUACAAUUGCAUGGUCCCGCCCAUAGAGACCACUUGCCCUUUGAAGGCCGGGAAACAGAUAUCGAGGCCUUCUUCUCAGUGCAGCCAAUGGAGGGGUUAAACAAAACAUGACGCCGAUCUUCAAAUCACACAGUUUUUUCUACAAUAUAUAUUCAUCUAAUUAUCUUUCUCCUUUUUUGGCCUUCUUAUUCGUUAAUUUAAUUUUUGGGAUUACUGGUAAAAAUAGAUGAAGGGAAUAAGAUUUGUGAAUAGAGAGAAGGAAACUGCAGCUGCAAGUCAAUGUUCCAUAUUACGUACUCUUUAAUGAUGUAAUAUGAUUCAUUAUUUUACUA